UGGACAAAGUUGUUUUUCGCACGCGCCCGAGCUGCAGGUUGACGCUGGCAAUCGGAUAUUGUACGACACUCCGGACAAUCCAAUGCUCAACCCUCGGAUAGCUCGUCAUACUUGAUGGACCUAGAGAUGUACGCUCUUGCAUCCAGAGAUAAAGUACCAAGACUGUGUGGAACAUGGUCCGGGUUAUCAGCCCACGCACUGCGCGAAGCGGCUCGAGGACAGAAGAACGUUGGGAUGGAACCACAUCUCGAGAGGUCAUUUGAGGGGGCUUGUACUCAUCUCUCUCACAUCAGUCCAGCGUGCGUAGAAUGCUCACAAUCGUGUUUUUUGCUGUGUUUGCAGCAACGUCUUCUGCGAAGAUUGUCACAUAUAACUUUGACAUCGGGUGGGUCAAUAUAGCGCCAGAUGGAUUCAGUCGACCUGUGAUCGCUAUUAAUGGCAAAUGGCCUAUUCCCAUUAUCGAAGUGGACGUCGGCGAUACGGUCAUCAUAACGGCAACGAACUCCCUUCGAAACCAGACAACGUCUCUCCAUUUUCACGGCCAAUAUCAAGGAGGCACAGCUAGCGCGGAUGGCACGGCUGGAAUCACUCAAUGCCCAAUAUACCCUGGAGAGUCAUACAUUUACAAUUUCACGGCAUGGCCAGCGGGGACACACUGGUAUCAUAGCCAUGUCAAAGGUCAGUAUGCGGACGGCCUUAGAGGCUUGAUGAUUAUACAUGACCACGAUUGGGAAAACAGUCUCGAUGUCGAUGAGCAGGUGUAUCUUACAAUUUCUGAUUGGUGGCACGAGGAACAACCGCCGAUAAUCGAUCGUUAUAUGAGCCCAGACAAUCGUGACGGUGAUAUCGAAUCACCAGAUACCCUUCUGCUCAACGAUAGUCGCAAUGCGCCAGAUCUCCACUUUGAUCCCGGAACCAGGUAUCUGCUACGACUAGCCAACAUCGGCGGUCUUGCUUGCAGUAACUUUCAUAUUGAAGGGUACAAUAUGACAGUGGUUGCGAUUGACGGCUCAACAGUCUGCCCUUACGAGAUCGGAACAAUCAGGCCUUGCGCUGGACAGCGUUACGAUGUCAUAGUGACCGGACAGGAACAUGGAGCCAAAGAUUUGAGAUAUAUCGCAAAGAUGUCAGCCGACAUAACGGUAUCGGACCUGCCACCAUUAAAUUUGCGCUCUGUGAUUGGCAAUGUGAUUCGCAAGGGAAACCGAGAUCAUUCUUCUAAAGAAGGUACUGUUGCCUUGUCCGAGACGUUGACCCCGGAUUGGACGCCGGUAAAGGUCCUCAACGAAUUCGACCUUAGCGACCUGGACGAAGUUCCCCUUUUCGAGCCAGUGAACCACAACAUCUACCUUAUUUCCAACAUGAGUUACUUUGAAGGAAUUGGUACCCGUACCGCAUUGGGUAUACUGCCUUGGGUCAAUCCAAGGGUCCCCACACUCUACACAGCCUUGACAUCGGGACCAAAGGCAGAGUACGCGUCCACCUACGGCGCAGGUGUUGAUCCGUGGGUACUCGAGUCGGACAGUGUCGUACAAAUUUACAUGGAGAACCCGGAUCCCUGGCCUCAUCCCAUGCAUCUGCACGGUCACCGUUUCCAGCUUGUUCGUUUGGGUAGCGGAAUUUGGGAUGGCGAUGAAUCGGAUCUACCAGCGACACCCGCCAGCCGUGAUACCGUUGUCGUCCCGCCCUACGGUUACGUAGUUCUUCGAUUCCGUGCCGACAACCCAGGAGUAUGGCUCUUCCACUGCCAUAUCGAUCUGCACAUGAUUGGCGGGAUGUCCUCCACCUUCAUCGAGGCGCCUAAAGAGCUCCAGGCUCAACAGGCCAUCAACAGAGACAGUGUGGAUGCGUGCAAUCGCGCGAAAAUCCCUACUUUGGGGAACUGUGCCGCAAAGCUCGAACACAUCUCUUGGGAACAGAGCCUUGAAUCUUGCUAUACCGUCUUCAACUUUAAGCCCAGAUCAUUCAGUGCGAUGUUCUUCGAGGGCCAGGAAUAAGGUUGAGGCUACGAAGGAAUUCAAACAUAUCGAGAAAGAAGGUAUCGAGAGAGAAGACGCCGU